AUGACUGGUGUUGAUAUGUGUAACAGANCGCUAUUGGACGCAAGCAAACGCUCGGCUCUGGACACGACUGCCGAAAUUGACCUCUCGAGCGAAGAAGACUCCAUCACAUCGCUGGCUACUCUGGCUUCCAAGGACGGUCUCAUCACGCUAGCUGGCAUCAAUUCCUCAGAAGCGGACCAGAAGGCCGGCAAGAAUGAACAUUUGCGUACAUUCGAUAUCAGAUACCCAAAGAAGAAGCAGGCUUCGGAAGAGAAGCAAGACAGCGAAGCUCAAGAUGGUUCAAUUUCUUUCGUUGGAAAGGCAUCGCUCUUCCAACCAGCAACGGGCCCCAAGCCAGAAACAUAUCAGCGUGUGUUGCGACUAUCGCCCACCUACAAGCGCGACUCGCCAAACAAGCGCAUUGGAGCCGUUGCGACUGGACUAGCCAAGCGUUCCGAGAUUGUCGUCUUCGAUGCCACAAAGACACCUACAACCGAUGCUGAGAUCAUCGCUCGUAUUCCCAUGCGCGACAAUGCCGAAGCUGCCGACCUGGACAUCACUGAGCUGGAGACCAACACUNUUUCCAUCACCUGGGCUACCGACUAUGAUGUCUACGAGCAGACGGUCAUGUACAACUUUGACACCAAGAAGGCCACCUUUUCUCCUACGAACCCGCGCAAAGUCUACUCUAUCCCUAAGCCUGAGGAUGCUAGAAAACCUGCGCGUCCCAAGUACCGUGCUAUCAGAUGGUUGGGUAAUGAAGAUGUGCUGCUCUUGAGCAACCUGCCCAAUCGCUCUGGUGCCGAGUUGAGCAUUGUUCAUCUCUAUCCAUCCGGCCCAGCAUUGAUGGUCAAGAAUAAGGUCUUGCCCGGUCAUGUCAAGCAAGCUGUUGGUCUCGACGUCUGCAGUCUGGAUUCGGAUAAGCCUGGAAACAAGCAAGUCGUUGUUGCCAUUGCCAGUCACGACAUUUCCAUCCCUGUUUAUACUCUUGACUACAACGCCAAUACCCACACCUUUGGCAAGUUCAAGCGCUUUACCACUCUUCGCGAUGUACACCCGCUACAGAUGACCUGUCUUCGCUUCUCACCUUUCCACAGCCCUGUUCGCGCGCCUCCGCCCGAGCAAGAUAAGAAAGGCAAUGCCUUGCCUAUCAAAAACCCAGUCCACCCCGGUCCACAAUAUAUCAAGCUUUGCAGCACCAGCAUGGGCAAUACUGUCGUCGUGGACACUUUCGCUCUUGUCCCAUCAGAGCCUGCAGACCGCCUGAGUCGUUAUGUUCUCUUACAUCCAUCCGACGAGCUUCGCCAGCGUACAACGUACGGCAUCCUCAUCGGUUUUGCCGUCCUGAUUUUCGCUGUCCUGCUCCAGUCCAUGUACUCGAACGAUCCCUUCGCUCCUGGUCUCGCCGACUUCAUCCCUCUACCAGCAUCAUGGCAACGCACUCUUUCGCACCCUGCAAGUAUCGCCGACAGUAUAGGUCGCAAGGGCUGGGAACCCAUCGUCGAUGCCGCAUCUUCAGUUUCAUCUGUCGCAUCAUCCGUCACCUCCGCCGUCCCCUCUGCAGCUUCCUCCGUCAUGGCUGCCCCCCGUGUCAAAAUUGCCGAUCUGAUAAGCAUGCACUUUGCACUUCCCGGCGGCUCAAACCCUGAAGACAAAGCCGUCAUUGUUCGCGAUGAGGGCCAAGGCAAGAACCUCGCACUUAGUAUGUGGGAUAAANAAGAGUAUUUGAAGCAAGACGAGAAAGCUAGACAUUGGCAUGAGUUGAAUGAUGAAGAACAACAUGUUUGGAGGAAGAGGUUGGUUGAUGCGGGGCAUUGGACAGUUGAGGAGGGAGAGACUAUUCUCAAGGGAGUUUUGUUUAGUAGUUGGGCUGGGUUUGUGGGGAGGGUUGCUGGGGAGGCCAUUAGAGAGCUUUAA